AUGACCGUAUCUGAUUUUCUUUCCAAAGAUGAUGCCAAGGAUGGCGGGUUUGCAGAUGUGCCCGAGAGGAUUCCGCUCGGAGAGUACCUCUUGAAAAGACUGAUCUCGAUCGGCACCAAGUCUGUAUUUGGAGUUCCUGGAGACUACAAUUUGAGUCUACUGGAGUAUUUUUAUGACGAUAAUUUGAAAACUGACAUCAAAUGGAUUGGGUGUUGCAACGAACUGAACGCCUCGUAUGCAGCCGACGGGUAUAGUCGGUACACGGGCAGGAUUUCUUGUCUGUUAACUACGCUGGGAGUUGGGGAGUUGGGAGCGCUGAGUGGGGUGGCGGGCGCUUGCUGUGAGGACGUCAGGGUGUUGCAUGUCGUUGGCAUUGGCAAAAAUGAGCUCUCCGACGAGGCACAGAUAAGAGACCGGAACAUGCACCACAUGUUGCCGGAUAUGUACGAGGGGAACAUGAAGGGACCGAACCACCGGAUAUAUUACGAAAUGAUAAAAGGCAGAAUCUCCUGUUCCUCCGAGUACCUGGACGACAUCACUGUUGCGUGUGAUAGAAUCGAUAAGGUUAUCAGGGAUAUCUUGAGGCACUCUAAACCGGGAUAUCUGUUUAUACCUUCAUCUUUUUUUGACCAAAUGGUAGAAUCUCGUAAUUUAGUGACAUCGCCUACGCUUUGUUUGAAAAACGAAAGGUUCAUGACGUCUGAAAAUGACAUUGAACGGAUAACUGAUUUAGUUUUGAGCUCCCUUUACGGCAGCAGCACGCCUGCCUUGUUGGGUGAUGUUAAAACUGAUAGAUUUGGUAUCAAUAAACAAUUGAAUGAAUUUGCUGAGAUGACUGGCAUUUGGUGCUUUUCCACCGUUUCAGGCAAAUCAAUUCUUGAUGAGAGUUCAAAAUAUUAUAUGGGGGUUUACAACGGUAAUUGCAGUUUACAGUCGGUAAAGGAAAAAUUUCUAUCAUGUGAUUUGAUUAUAAAUUUUGGUAUUGAUAUCAAUGAAGCUAAUUAUGGGUUUUUUUCCUAUGAUUAUAAAAAUGAUGCAAAGGUCAUUCAAUUACAUCCGAGGUAUGUUAGAUUCUUUGAUAAUAAGACAAAACAGGAAGAAAUUUUCCAAAAUGUGAAUUUCAUUGAUAUUUUAGAUCGUUUGAUUCACACGAUUGAUUUGAAGCAACUUGGUUUAAGUUAUGAUCCAAGUUUCAAAUCUUUCAGUAAUGAUGAUUUGGUAAUUCCGGAACAUGAAUAUACUUUAAGUCAUAUCACACAACCUUAUCUACAGAAAUAUUUGCCAAAUUACUUCAAUCCAGGUGAUAUCAUAAUCUCAGAUACGGGAUCAUUUCAAUUCGCCCUACGCGACUUCAAGCUACCAUCUCAAUCAAAGCUCAUAACACAAAACUUGUAUCUAGCUAUCGGCACAGCUUUACCAAUGGCUCUGGGCGUAGGUAUCGGUAUGCAAGACUAUCCAAGAAAUCAUAUAUUUGAUGACAGCAAGGUGGAUAAGGACUAUAAACCUAAAUUAAUCCUAUUCGAGGGAGAUGGCUCAGCUAUAAUGACAGUACAAGAAUUAUCAACAAUGAUUCGUUAUAAAGUUCCAAUGGAGAUUUUCCUACUAAAUAACAAUGGCUAUACAAUUGAGAGAGCCAUCAAAGGUCCAACAAGAUCCUAUAAUGACAUCAUGCCAUGGAAGUGGACACUUUUAUUGGAAGCAUUUGGAGAUUUUGAUGGUGGGUUUACUAAGAGUGAGGUUUUGAAAACUCGGAAACAAAUGGAGGCAAAAUUGGAAAAAUUGAAAUUGAAAUCUCAAACAGGUAUCGAAUUCCACGAAGUUAUAUUAGGAACUUUUGAUAUCUCAACACAGUUAUCACAAAUGAUAGCCUCCACAUCACAGUGA